CCUUUACCAGAACCCUUUACCCCGGCUCGCUCCCACCCCCACCUCCGUCCACGAGAUUCGCCGCAGUCUGUCGUCUGGCUAGUGUGAGAGUGCGAUCUGCUCAUUAGCGUGCGCGUGUGAUCCCGCCCGUGGAUGCGCCUGCCUUGCCGCCGGCAAUGACCUCCGCCGUCGCGAGUAGCCUGGUCCCUGCCGCAGCAGCAGCCGCGCCCGCUGUGUCCACCUAUGGGUGUCGCGCCUCGUUCGGCCGUGAUGCGCCUGAGGAGACGCCGGCUGUAGUGUCUUCUGCUUCGCCCGUGCACCCCGCCGUGGCCGCGCCCGCGAUCUCCAAGGACUUCAUCGACUUCGAGUUCAGCCUCGGCGGCGGCGGCUGCACCACCAGCAUGCUCCCCGCGGACGAGCUCUUCGCCGACGGGAAGCUGCUCCCGCUCCGCCGGGCCGAUGCCGCUGCCGCUGCGGCGCCUGAGCCGGAGGCUGCCGCGGCGGCGGCACCACCGCCGCGGCUGGAGGCAAUGCCGGCGUCUCCGGAGCCGAUGAGGCCGAUCCGCGGCGGCGCGGCGGCUGGCGCUGCGGACCAGUACGUGUUCUCCCCCAAGGCGCCCAGCUGCUCAAGCCGGUGGCGCGAGCUGCUCGGGCUCAAGAGGGCGGCCGCCGCGCAGAGCCCGAGGACGCCCUCCUCGCACUCGCAGCCUCAGUCGCCAGCGGCCGCAUUGGCGAAGACUCCCGGGAGAACGACGACGACGACGGCGGGCUCGUCGGCGGCGAGGUCGCUCAAGUUCCUCCUCCAGCGGAGCAACGGCGGGCGGGCGUCCACGGGCACGGCGUCGGACCUCGCGUCGGCGCCGCUCCUCCGCGACAGCUCCGACUCGGAGGCCUCGCUCUCGCUCGCCUCCUCCCGCUUCUCGCACUCCUCCUCGUCCUCCUCCUCCGGCCACGAUCACGACGACGUCAACCCGCGCUUCUCCCUCGACUCCGCCGCCGACCCCAACCCUCCGCGCCUCCGCCUCGUCCGCUCCUCGCACCGCCACUCCACCUCCAGCCGCGCGGCCCACAGCCCCGCGCGCCGCCGGCCGUCGCCGCCCAGGCAGGACGCGUCGAGGUGCCUCUCCGUGGACUCCCCGCGCAUGAACUCCUCGGGCAAGAUCGUGUUCCAGCAGGGGCUGGAGCGCAGCUGCAGCUCCCCGUGCAGCCUCCACGCCGCCGCCAGGUCCCGGUCCAUGGCCCGCGCCGUGGACCGGUCCUACUCGUCCGGCGUCCGCGUGGCGCCCGUGGUGCUCAACGUGCCGGUCUGCUCGCGGCCGGUGUUCGGCUUCUUCAAGGACAAGAAGGAGUCGGCGGCCAGCAAGGACUCAUCCUCAGCGAGGUCGUCGUCCCGGUCGUCGACCCUGGGCCGGAAGCAGACGCCGACGCCGACGCCGCAGCGGUGGAGCGGCGAGCUGCCGAGGCCCUGCGGGUGAUCCGGCCGAGCCGAGAAGACGGCGGGCGAUCGAGCGCGUGCGUCGUGCAUGGAAAGCGACGGGCUAGGCUAGGGACGCAAUGAUGGAUGCAUAGCGCUUUGUUCGGUUCUUAACUGAUUUGGUUUGUUCUUUGGGGUGCUGAUGAGAAGGUCUAAUCAAUUGACUGUUUUCUUUU